AUGUCUCAAGAAAUCUCGCUAAGUCUAGAAGAAACAAACAAGAUACGAACCCAGCUAGGGCUAAAGCCUAUAGAAGAAAAGCCAAUAUCCCACAACAACAACAACAACAACAACGUCAUCGAGUUAUCACUUGAGGAAACUAAUAAACUACGACUUUCACUAGGAUUGAAACCGAUUCCCAUAGAGCAACAACCAGGAGCAGCAAAGACAAUUGUUUCUAAUCCAAACAAGAGGGCAAAUGAUGAACUAUUAUCACAAAGGCUAAGCAAAGCAAAACUAGCUUCUGAAAAACGUAAAUUGCUAGCAACGAGGGAAGGAGCUGAUGAUGAUGAUGAAUUAGAUACGGAUAAUUGGCUACUGAAUGUAGGCAAAGCCCAAUCUGCUAAGAAGCAAAAAUUUGAAAAAGUAUCCAGCAAGAAGCAGCAAGAUGCGAUAAAUGCUCAUAUUGGACAUAGUGAACAAGAAUUGCAAAACUUGCGAAAUAACGACAUCUUGACAUUACAAGACACUGAUCUUCUCAAAGAUGAUGUUGAUGAUGAUGGUCAAGAUGUUCUCGUAAAUGAAGAAUUAUCUGCCAAUGCUAAACUUCAAAAGGACUUGAAUGAACGAAGAGAAGCAGAGAUGAUUAAAUUUAAUGGGCGCCAUUAUAAAAGAAAUGAUGAUGCAGAAGGAGAAGGAGAACUUGGUGAAGGUACUAUUCAGAAAAAGUCUGUAAUUAUCAAGAACUCUAGUAUCAAAUUGAACAAACCCAAAACUAGUCCAACCGAACAAAGCGAAACAGUUCCUCACAAUACAACAAAAUUUAGCAACUUUUUCGAUAGUUUGGAAGAAUUAUCCAGCAACAACCCAACUCCAAAACCUCAGAUUAAGAUGAAGAAAAUAAAGAAAAAGAAACCACUAGAUAGUUUGAAAGGUCCGGUGUCAACAAGAAUCAAAGCUGAUGACUUUGAUGGAAAAGUGCCAAAUAUUGAUGAGUCCGACUAUGAUAACUUGCAGGAGAACUACCUAUCCAUUGCCCAGAAACUGAAACAGAAACAGAAGCAAGCACAGCCAAGGAUGACUCCAGAAGAAAUAGCUCUUGAAAUUGCUCGAAACAAAAAGAUAGCCAUAGAAAGACAAUUGGAACAAGAGUCCAUGAGACGUCAAUUCCUAGUCCCAUCUGAACCCAUUGAGAAUUUGGAAGAUCUCGAUACUGUUGGCUUUUUGAAUAAAUUGGACAAGAAUACCUUGCAUGGCAAGGGAGAUGACCAGGGGGGUUUGGAUGGUGAUAUUUUCGACACAAGUGAAAAAGAGGUGGUUGAAAAUGGCCAUCAUCAGUAUAUCAAUGAACGUCAAACGGGCCAGGAUGGUGUAAACGGUUCAUUGAAUACAGAAGAAGUUGUGACAGAAACAAGCACCAAUGAUGGAGAGAAGGAAAACACCCCAGUAUUGAAAGAAACAAGUGAUGAAAAUCACCCGAGAUUCAAUACAGGAUUAGCAGACACGUUGAAAUUUUUAAAAUCAAGAAGCAACGAUAACAGCUUGUUACAGCAACAUCAGAAUAACUCAUCAAAUUCUUCUCGUGAAGAGCUUUCAAAAGAGACUGGGCUUUUGAAAUUGAAAGUUGAUAUUGAAGAAAGGAUACUUCGAGAAGAACUAGCCAAGAACAAGAACUAUAUGAAGUUGUCUAAAAUUGAUCGCGAAAAGGUGUUCGAAACUGAAUUGGACAAACGAUUGACUGAAAAGUCUAUAUUUGUUAACGGUAAUGGAAAUGGAAAUGGAAAUACAAGGUUUAAUCAAAGUAAUGGAAAGAAGAAGAAGUUUGUUCGACACAAUGCAAUUCCCAAUGACAAAACGAGUACUAACGAAGGAAUGUCCAACCAGACAAACAAUGUUGAAGAUAAAUAUGCGUCCUAUAAUCCUAAAGUUGAAUUGAGUUAUAAGGAUGAUGAAGGUAAGUCACUUAAUACCAAACAAGCAUAUAAGCAUUUGUCGCACAAGUAUCAUGGUAUGACCACAAAUCAGAGGUUGGCAAAGAGUAGGAAGAAAAGGGAAAAGGAGAAAGACAAAGACAAAGCUGCUGCUGCUGUUGACGGAUCUAAUGAAUUAAUUACAAAAGGCGAAAUUAUAGAUUGA